AUGUGUAAGAUCACAGGAUCCAGUGAUGCCCAGAGAAAAUAUAACGGGAUCUUCUUAGAAGACCUCGUUAAACAUUCCAACCAUAGGAUGGUGAAGUGGCUUGCUCAUGGCCGCCACAGCCAAUCAACCCUCAACACCGACGAGGCUUCCUUGAGUCGCCUUGUUAGCUCUAUAGGCAUAGUCCGUGACCAACUGUCCCGGGCACAUUGUAUCGUCCUCAAGCGUAAGCUCCUAAGCAGUUUGACGAAUACCCCCAACGGGCCGGUGAAAAGUGGCAGGGCCACUGUCAGAGACUUCCUGGAAGGUGGUGGUGCAGUGGGUGCAGAGUCACUCAACGAUGUCAGUGGACAAUACAAUGCUGUACGCGAUGUCAAGCUAUCUCAAGAGGGCAAUAGUGAAGUCAUUGUCAUCGAUGAUGAUGACGAUGAUGAUGAUCAAGACUUCAUGGACUGGGAGGGUAACGAUGCGCCGGGGCAGUCACCAGCGCCAUGCAGGGAGCAGCAGCAAACGCAGACGCAACCACGACUACGACCACAACCCCAACAGUUCAAUCAUCAUUCCCUCACACCUCCCUUUUCCAACACUCCACAGAGUGCUAUCCCGGCUGAUGACAGCAUGUUGCUAGAUCCGAUGAUCCCACUAGAAGUCCAAGCCUUCCGAAACGAGACGCAGAAAAUCGCGACCAAGCUCGCCAACGACCGUCGGGACUUCCAGGCUCAGUUCGUCUCGAUGAGGGUGUCGCGGAAGUGGAGAGCCAUGAUCCAGGCUGUGAGAAACAUCGCGCUAGGAGAGCCUGUUACGGUUGAUUAUGGUGCUGAGUACUGGGAGGGGAGGGCAAUCAGUUACUGGGAUACACUGGGCCUUGACCUUGCCAACUCAUUCGGUGCCAAACUUGACGGCCUAUGGAACUGGCAAAGGCCUCUACGAAGAUUCCAUCAGUACCAAGUAGACAAGGCGUUAGCAGACUCCAUCAUACCACAUCAUUUCCAACGCGGCACGCCUUGUGCCGCCUAA